AUGCUCAGUCCUGACAAGCUUCAGCAGCAUAUGACCGACUUGAUUUACGAGGUAGCACAGAUCAUCUCGGUUCCUGAACACACUAGCACCACUCUUCGCCUGCUGCUAGCCCACUUUAAGUGGGAUAAGGAUACCCUGAUCGACCAUUACUUUGGCCAGAACGAGACAGCCACCUUUGCCGAGGCCGGCCUGGCUCCUCUUAUCCUACGUGAAACACCAGGUGCUCCCGAUUGCAUUGGAAGGGGAGCGGUCGGUGGACUCUCCUGCCCAAACUCGAUGGCAUCCACGCCUACGAUGUCAUCUUUGGGUCCUAUAGUCACUGAUUUCCUGCCCGCUUUUUUUCAUCCACGUGGACUAUCACGCACAGAAGAUCAGUCAACAGCUCUAACACAACGCCCGCCAGUGCCUACGUCGUCUCUUCCGUUCGAGCGAAUAAAACGAGAGAGCUUUGCGAAAUAUGUUUUUGUGAUUCGGAAAGUUGUUUUUCUAUUUUAUUAUUCACCCAAAAACAUUUCUGAGUACUUAUUUUUACUUCCUUCUUUUCUCAUAUAUUCAUUACAUACAGAAGAAUCGAAUUCUCUGGAUUGUGGACACAGCUACUGUCCGUCCUGCUGGCAGCGCUAUAUCGUCUGCAAAAUAAUGGACGAGAAUCAAGGCGACCGAAUAUCUUGCCCAACACCUAACUGUGAAGCAAUUCUUGAUGAUAGCAUCGUAUUUCGCUUUAUUCAGGAUCAGCCAAUCGUCCGCCGACGUUUCCAGAAGCUGAUUACCAACAGCUUUGUGGCGCAUAAUCGCGCUCUUACUUGGUGUCCUGGCACUGACUGCGGCUACGCAGUGCGGUCGUUGGGCGGUCCACGUGCUCGUCAAGCUGUCUGCUCUAAUUGUAAUGAAUCAUUUUGUUUCGCCUGCGGCCAGCCUUGGCACGAGCCUGUACUCUGCGAUCGGCUUCGCCAGUGGCUCCGUCGCAUCGAAGAUGAUGCCGGCACAUCUACUUGGAUCGUGGCCAACACAAAGGAGUGUCCAAAAUGUCGAGCAGUGAUCGAGAAGAAUGGAGGCUGCAAUCAUAUGACCUGCAAAAACCUUAAUUGUAAAUACGACUUCUGUUGGGUCUGCUUAGACCGUUGGGAACCGCAUGGCUCGCAGUGGUAUAAUUGCAACCGGUAUGAUGAAACUCAAGCCCAGAAGUCUCGUGAUGCUCAGACAAAGUCGCGUGCCGCCUUGCAGCGUUACCUUUUUUACUUCAAUCGGUAUGCCAAUCACAAGGAGUCAUUGCGAUUUGAAGCAAAAUUGAAUGAUAGCGUUCAGCGUAAGAUGGAGGAGAUGCAGGCGCAAGGAAUGUCCUGGAUUGACGUCAAAUUCAUCAAGCAGGCUGUUGAAGUGCUUUGCCGAUGUAGGCGCACUCUGAUGUACACCUAUGUGUUUGCCUUUUAUCUGAAAGACAAUAACCAAACUGUUAUCUUUGAGUCAAAUCAAAGUGAUCUUGAACAGUCGACUGAACAACUUUCGGAGUUUCUCGAACGCGACAUAACUAGCCUCGGUCUCAAUCUUAUCAAGCAGCGUGUGCAGGACCGGGCUCGCUAUUGUGAAAACCGGCGUCGCGUCCUUCUUGAUCAUGUUCAAGAGGGCUAUGAACAAAACACUUGGGAGUAUCGAGAUUGUUGA